GCCGGCCGGGUGGAGCCAUGCAGGUAGGUAGUCUUGGCCCGCUCGGCUCGAAUUCCUGUCCCAGAACCGACCCGGCGGCGCUCGUCGAGCUCGAGCUCAGCGGCUGAGAGCUAAGACAUGGGGGACAAGGUGGCCAUGACCGGCAGGGCCCGCAAAGAGGCGGUGCAGGCCGCGGCCCGGGAACUCCUCAAGUUCGUGAACCGGAGCCCCUCGCCUUUCCACGCCGUGGCCGAGUGCCGCAGCCGCCUCCUCCAGGCUGGCUUCCAUGAACUCAAGGAGGCAGAGACCUGGGACAUCAAGCCCGAAAAUAAGUACUUCCUGACCAGGAACUCCUCCACCAUCAUCGCUUUUGCCGUGGGAGGUCAGUACGUGCCUGGCAACGGGUUCAGCCUCAUCGGGGCCCACACGGACAGCCCCUGCCUCCGGGUGAAGAGGCGGUCUCGCCGCAGCCAGGUGGGCUUUCAGCAGGUGGGCGUGGAGACCUAUGGCGGCGGCAUCUGGAGCACCUGGUUUGACCGUGACCUGACCUUGGCUGGGCGCGUCAUUGUCAAGUGCCCCAACUCGGGCCGGCUGGAGCAGCGGCUGGUGCACGUGGAACGGCCCAUCCUCCGCAUCCCGCACCUGGCCAUCCACCUGCAGCGCAACGUCAACGAGAACUUCGGGCCCAACAUGGAGAUGCACCUGGUCCCCAUUCUGGCCACAGCCAUCCAGGAGGAGCUGGAGAAGGGGAGCCCCGAGCCGGGGCCCCUCAAUUCUGCAGACGACAGACACCACUCGGUUCUCAUGUCCCUUCUGAGUUCCCACCUGGGGCUGAGCCCCGAGGACAUCUCGGAGAUGGAGCUGUGCCUGGCGGACACACAGCCCGCGGUGCUGGGAGGUGCCUACGACGAGUUCAUCUUUGCCCCUCGGCUGGACAACCUGCACAGCUGCUUCUGCGCCCUGCAGGCCCUGAUCGACUCCUGCUCAGGCUCCGCCUCCCUGGCCACGGACCCCAACGUGCGCAUGAUCGCUCUCUAUGACAACGAAGAGGUGGGGUCGGAGAGCGCCCAGGGGGCCCAGUCGCUGCUGACGGAGCUGGUGCUGCGCCGUAUCUCGGCCUCGCCCCACCAUCUGACGGCCUUCGAGGAGGCCAUCCCCAAGUCCUACAUGAUCAGCGCCGACAUGGCCCACGCCGUGCACCCCAACUACCUCGACAAGCAUGAGGAGAACCACCGGCCCUUAUUCCACAAGGGCCCUGUGAUCAAGGUGAACAGCAAGCAGCGCUAUGCCUCGAACGCCGUGUCGGAGGCCCUGAUCCGAGAGGUGGCCAGCAGCGUCGGGGUGCCCCUGCAGGACCUCAUGGUCCGCAACGACUCCCCUUGUGGGACCACCAUCGGGCCCAUCUUGGCUUCCCGGCUGGGGCUGCGCGUCCUGGACCUGGGCAGCCCGCAGCUGGCCAUGCACUCCAUCCGGGAGACCGCCUGCACCUCGGGCGUGCUGCAGACCCUCACUCUCUUCAAGGGCUUCUUUGAGCUGUUCCCUGCUCUGAGCCGGAACCUCCUGGUGGACUGAGGCCUCCUGGGAGCUCCUCGGGCCCGAGAAGGGGAAGUUCUCAGCUGAGCUGAAGCUGGAUUAUUAAAGUGGAUUUUUCACGCA